AAUUUACCCACUGAAGCGAAAUAAACCAAUAAGAGGAAAAAUUGAAGCCAGUUUGAGAUUGUCACGCUGAGGAAUUAAAAAAAAAAAAAAAAAAAAAAAUUCCAACGAAGGAAUACGUUAAGUAACUCCAAGCAGAGGCGUAUAAAGUAACCUCCCGCGCGGCGUUCUUCCCCAUUGUUCAAACACGAAAGGGAGAUCCCACUCCUUAUCAUUUCGCACGAGAGUGAACUUUACCAUAUUACCCCUACCGCAGCGACUUGCUGUACGCUUCCAUUUUGAGCACAAGAUGGCAUCCAAAAAGGUGAAAGCCCCCCAACCGGAAACGGCUAUUGUUUCCGGCCCGCAGCCCAAGGAGGGAGAGUUGGUUUUCGGCGUCGCGCACAUAUUUGCCUCCUUCAAUGACACCUUCAUCCACGUCACUGAUUUAAGUGGAAGGGAAACCCUCGUCAGGAUUACAGGUGGCAUGAAAGUCAAGGCCGACAGAGACGAGUCCAGCCCGUACGCAGCCAUGAUGGCAGCACAGGAUGUGGCGGCUCGACUGAAAGAAUUGGGAGUCUCCGCCAUUCACAUCAAGUUAAGAGCCUCAGGGGGUACGAAGUCGAAGACGCCCGGCCCAGGAGCGCAGUCAGCGCUAAGAGCUUUGGCCCGUUCCGGAUUAAAGAUAGGCAGAAUAGAGGACGUGACUCCAAUCCCCACCGAUUCCACGAGGAAAAAGUCCGGAAGAAGAGGAAGACGUUUGUAAAGCAGCUUGCGUGGUCCCCGCAAAAGGAAGAGCCUGCCCAUCGCGAGGAGGGCGCAUAUGUGCCCCUUCACAUGUGUGCAUGUGUAUGCCGUGUGUAUGUACCCGCGCGUAAGGCGAUUCGGCGAUGAUAAGAAGGCGAGCGACGGGGGGGUUGGAGAAAGCCAAGCUGGAAAGGAAGAAGGCCCGAUGUGGUGCCGCUUAGCGGCCGUAGACAAACGUAACGCCGGAAGAGGAGCGCAGUUCGCGUUUGCGCGAAUGAGAGCUUGUGUGCUUUAACCCCAGUUGCCUCGCGGCUCCGCCCCAGCUGCACCUCAACGUUUAACGUUUACUUCAUUUCGGUUUUCACUUUAUUUUUCCCUCACCCUUUCAUUUUUACACUAUUUUUACUUCAUUUUUGCCCUAUUUUAAUUUACUUUUUUUUCCUCCUUUGCACUUGCGAACAUAAACAGUAAUUACCCCUCCCCUUUGCAAUUCCAAAAGGCAUGCCAAUUUAUCGGUCAACCAG